CUGAUCCCAAAGAGACUUGGUUUAAGGCGAGGUGCCGCUAGUUUGUCAGGGGAAAAAUUGCGCUCAGCAAGUUUUUCCUGCUACCAGGAGGGAAGAGGAGAAGAAUUUGCUGGCUGUUACAGAUACAAGGAGAAGGUUGGGAAGAAAGGCCUAACCUAUAGGCACAGCUAGGGCACUAUUUUUGGACAAUCAAGGAUGCACUUGAAGACGGUGCUGCUGCUAUUGUUAUAUUACAAUGCUCAUGCCACUGUGCCUCCCAGGUGGAACCGAGCGAUGCUCUUCCCAUCCGCUCAGCGAGUGAAGAGGUCUUCGGCAGCUCUCCUCAACCCAGUGCUUCAGAAGUCUCAGGAUGAUGUGGACCUUCUGUUUGAGCUUCUUCUAAGUGAGCUGCAGAUCAACGACGACCUGAAGAUCUCUGUCAAAGAUGAGGAGCUGGCUUCGAUGAGGAAGGCGACUGCAUUUGACACUCUCUGCAAUGACGUCAUCCCUAAAAGCAUCACGGACAUUCGCCGACUGAAUGCCAGGCUGCUGGGCCACCCUGGGGUGCUAAAGAAAGAAGAUUUCGAGAGGACAGUGUUGACCAUGGUCUACACAGCCUAUAGGGCAGCUCAGUCCCAAGGUCACCAGAAAGACACGUGGGCGGAAUCCUUUGUGGGUCUCUACAAGGCCCUGAAGCACGACUUGACAUUCUCAACCAGCCAGACGUCCUCAUCUCAACGGACUUUGUAGUCCAGAAAUUUACUUUAAUAGGAAGCACAUCUGCCUCUUUGCCUUGUUUUUGUAUAUAUAAAAAGUUUAGGACUGCAGGCAUGGAAAGAUUCUUUAUUCUCUAGCUCCUCCUAGAGGGCACCUGUUGAAAAAUCUUUUACGUGCUUCUGAAAUUUCUCCUUGUCUGAAUUUCUCCCUGGAUUUUGGGAGUUACAAAGUGCCUGUGCCUGCUUCUGAAAUGGAACCAAUGAGUUAAGAAUCCUCCUUUCUUAUUCUUUUCUCCUUUAAAUAAUCUGAAUUUUGUAUGAAGCCCCGCGAAUGCAGAGUUUUCCACAGUCUUUCAUGGACAUAAGUGAUUUCCCCAAAGCUCUGCUCAGAUUAGUUUGGAAAUUAAACCAUUUGAAAAAUGGAGUUCUCCCAGAAGGAAAAAUGAGACACCUUACUUCUUCUUCUUUUUUUGCAGAGCCAGUCUGAGGACUCAAAACACCAUCUCAGUCCUGCCAGCCUGCUGACUCCCAAAACUCUCCUUGCAAGCUGACCUCAACCCCCAGACACACUUCAUUUUCUUUGUCUGACAAUCAGUGACCAAAUGGGGAGGGAACAGGAGAGAAGGGAAUCUUGCUCUGUUUCCUUGUUCCCUCCCCAACCUUAUUCACAUAUUACUUCUCUGUAGAGUGCUAACAUCCUGGAGUCCCAUCCCAGGCUAGGCCUGCUUCAGUUUGUUUCUUAUUUUAAUGCAAGCCUACCUGGUUCACAUUUUCUGAAACGAUGCACCAAACUGCCCUUGCAAUUGGGUAAGAAAGUGGGUGAAACCAAAAUGGACAGAUGCAAUCCAUCUGUCCAUCCCAGCUGACAUUAAUUUAUAUAAAGAACCAAGGAUAUUUCUCUGGCAAGCAACAUGCACCUUUGCUUUCAGAUACUAUGGUAGCCACAAAGCCCAAAACAGCAGGACACACAUUUUCUCUCCUGCUCACUGGAACGUGGAAUCAGUAUAAACCAUGCAAAAUCUGUAUAGGGAAAAUUAAUGUCCAUAGACUUAUACAUCGAGUUCAGUUAAUCUGAUCCUAACUUUUAGGGUACCUUCAUUUCACUCUAAGUGAAUGAAUCAUUGGUUCUUUGAUAUUCCCUCUUGUUACUCCCUCUAGGUUUAUGUGAAUGUUCAUACAAAGUGUGGCAGUUGCUUUGAUACACAUACAUCCAGGGUCAAAAGGCCUCCGAGUUGUUUGUGCAAAAAGCAUUGCAGGACAUUUUUAAGCAUGUCUA